AUGUUGGAUAAUAAUAUUAUUAUAAUUUGGUUAGAUGCUAAUUGUCAUGAUAGAUCAGUUAAUAGUCUUAAGAUUUUGAAUGAACUUCAACAAAUAAUUAAUUCAAUUGAAACAUUUACCGAUGCAAAUCUAUGCCAAGAAUUUCUUCAAAAUACUAUUGACAAGAAUCAAAUCGUAUAUUUAGUUAUAUCUGAUAGAUUUCUUGAAUUUCCUAUUCAUCAUAUUCAUAAUUUAAUAUCUAUUGAUUCUAUUUACGUCUAUGGUCAAAAUAUAAAUCAAUUUGAAUCAUGGGCAAAUAAAUAUUUUAAAUUAAAAGGACAUUUAUUUCGAGAAAUAUCUGAACUCUGUUAUCAACUUACUCAAGAUAUUCGCCAUUAUGAAAAUAAUCUUAUUCCAAUUCAUAUAUUCGAAAAUAGAUUGACUGAAAAUCAAUUAAAUCAACUUGAACCAAAUUUUAUGUAUUCACAAUUAUUAAAAGAAAUUUUAAUUAAUAUAAAUUAUGAUGAAACAGUUAAAAAAGAAUUUAUUCAAUAUUGUAUUUUACAUUCAAAUAUUUUUAAUAUAAAACAAAUGAAUAUAAUUGAUGAAUUUGAAAACGAUUAUGAAAAACAUUCUCCAAUAUGGUGGUAUACACGUGAAUGUUUUGUCUAUCAAAUGUUAAAUAAUGCUCUUCGAACGGGAAAUAUUGAAACAUUAAUUAAAAUGGGAUUUUUUAUACGAGAUCUUCAUCGACAAAUUCAUCAUUUAUAUUGUUCACAAGAACAUUCGACAAUGAUCGUUUAUCGAGGUCAAGGAAUGACAAAUAAUCAAUUUGAAAAAUUAUCUAAAUGUAAAGGUGGUUUAAUAUCAUUUCUUUAUUUUCUUUCAACAAGUCGAAAUAAACAAAUAUCUCUAGAGUUUGCUCGGCAAGCUAUCGAAAAACCAGAUCUUCGUGGAAUUAUAUUUCGUAUGAAAAUCGAUCGAAAAAUGAUUAGUUUAUCGAAUCCAUAUGCAUCAAUAAAUAAAUUAAGUUAUUUUAAAAAUAGUGAAAAAGAAAUUCUUUUUUCUACACAUACCGUAUUUCGUAUUGAAGAUAUUCGACCACUGAAAAAUGAAAAUAAAAUUUGGCAAGUUUAUUUAAAAUUAACAACAAAUCAAGAUGAUGUACAACUUGAACAAUUAACAAAGCAUCUACGUCAAGAUGUUCAAUAUUUAUCGAAUCCUUGGGAAAGUUUAGCAAAAUUAAUGUUAACUAUGAGAGAAUUUGAUAGAGCACAAGAAAUUUAUGAAAAUAUUUUAGAGAAAACGGCUUCAAAUGAUAAAGAACAAUUAGCUUUUAUUUAUCAACAACUUGGAUGUGUUCAUAAUGAAAAACAAAAUCUUAAUCGAUCACUUGAAUAUUUUAAACUUUCACUUGAUAUUAAAGCAAAUUAUUUACCAGGAAAUUAUAAUGAUCCACAAUUAGCUGAUACUUAUUCAAAUAUUGGUUCAAUCUAUCAUGCACAAGUAAAUCUUGAUAAUGCUUUAUUAUAUUUUCAAUAUGCACUUAAUACAAAUUCAAAUGAUCAAAGAGUUUUAGCAUCGAUUUAUAAUAAUAUUGGGAUGGUUCUUAAACGACAAGGAUAUUUUCAUAAUGCUCUUAACCAUUUUCAAAAAAGCCUUCAAAUUGAUUUGAAUUCUCUUCCACCGAUACAUCCUGAUCUUGCUACAACAUAUUCAAAUAUCGGAAGAGUUUACUUUCUUUUAAAAGACUAUGCUAAUGCUUUGUCUUAUUAUAAAAAAACUCUCGAUAUUCGUCGUUUAUCAUUACCUCAAAAUCAUCCAUCUCUAUUAAUAGCAAUAUCUAAUUAUCAAAAUACAGCAAUAUUAUUACCAAGAACAAGUUCACUCUCAGAGUUGUCAACACCUAUUUUAUCUAAGAAAAAGCGUCCUUGUCUAAAAUCAUUUAAAUCUUGUAGCAAACUCAAUGAUAAAACUUCUAUUUGUGUAAAAACAAUUGCAAGAAAAUAA